CUCAUCAACACGGUCUUAAAUACCUUACUAUUUCCCUUAAGAUUCUCACUCAUUUUAUCCUCACAUGCUGUCAUUUAGAUCUUUCAUUUGAAACGAUCCAUCCUUAUGUCCUGCUAAAUGACACCUACCUUGUGUUCCAUCCAGGAACGCAACUUCGAAGUUGAGUCACCGUCCUAUGUCUGGUGUGUACAUAUGUGUAGCCCUCAAGGAGCUUUACGGAACAAACUUAUCACUAAAAACAGUUUCAAUGGCUGUCCCUCGCUUAGCACAUCAUACAGCAUGCAUAUUGCAGUUUCUAGGUUAGGUGAUUAGUAGCCGUGCCCGACGUGGCAGAUGAUGAACCGACGAUGGGAACAAAGCCGAUAUACCCGCUCGCAGUGGGUCUCGACUACCGGGAAUAACGCCAAAUCAGCAUGUCUUCAAUGGUCGACUUCUCUCUUACCAUAGCACCAGGUCCGAUCUCGUUCCCACUAGACCAAUAUCAUGGAGCUUCUUAUCACCGACUCUUUCGUCUGUUUUUCUCUUUUUACCUCCAAUGGCUUUCUCGCCCCUGCUUUUACAUCUCGAUGUAUGACAGCGAGAGGAAAAUUGGCCUUGUAAAUGGCUACGAAGGCAAAGCAGUUGCUGAACCCUCGCCGUCUUCAAGCCCCCCGGGUUUAAGCCCGAAUCUAAGCCCCACCAGAUCCAGCGGAUCGUCUAGCCACCAUCCCGACGGCCUCGGACAUGAUGACAAUGGGAGUGAACAAGAUGAAAUCGGCGGCCGCGAACCACGGGAGUUGGAGGCGACGGUCUCCCGUGUCUCCAGUGGGCCGGCGUACACCGUCUUCUCCAGGCACAUGAUCUGGUGGAUUGUGGCCAUGAACUUCUGGUCGGCUUUCAUGUCACCCAUGACGGCCAACAUCUACUUCCCGGCCAUGCCAGCGAUGGCCACAGACCUUGGGAUUUCCACUAACAAGAUAAACCUUUCGUUAACGACCUACAUGGUGUUUCAAGGGUUAGCACCUACAAUUUUCGGGGACUUGGGCGAUGUCGCGGGCAGGCGGCCAGCUUUCAUCAUUGCUUUCACGAUAUACCUGGGAGCCAACAUCGGACUGGCACUUCAGAGGAACUUUGCCGCGUUGCUGGUCCUGCGCGCCUUGCAGAGCGGUGGAAGUAGUGGUACGAUUGCGCUCGUCUAUGCGGUCGUUGCUGACAUUGCCCCGAGUUCGGAGAGGGGCAAAUGGAUGGGAAUAGUUGGAGGGGGAAUUACGAUCGGUCCAGCGUUAGGUCCAACGAUCGGUGGACUGCUGACGCAGUACCUCGGUUGGGCGUCGAUAUUCUGGUUUCUCACUAUCGUCACAGCCUUGUGGAUGGUCCCGUAUAUCCUGGCCGUCCCGGAGACAGGGCGCCAGGUCGUUGGGAAUGGUUCAACCCCCCCGCAGGGCUGGAACACGACCCUACUAGACUACAUCAGGUUCCGCAACCAAUCUCAGAAUCGAUCAGUGGCGCGGCCGAAACAGAAAUUCCCCAUUCCUAAUCCCUUAAAAACGCUCGCGGUUCUAAUGAACAAGGGCAUGGCCGUAGUACUACUGUACAAUGCAAUGCUCUACAUCGGGUUCAUGAUCGUCACCGCUACCAUGUCCUCGCAGUUCAAAGACAUCUACCAUUACAACGACCUACAACUCGGCCUAUGCUACCUCCCCAUGGGCAUCGCCUGCAUGAUCUCCUCUGUGACACAGGGCUUCAUCCUCGACUGGAACUACCGCCGCAUCGCCAAAAAGAUCGGUUUUAAGAUCGACCGCAAGAGAGGCGACAACCUCGAGGGCUUCCCCAUUGAGCGCGUCCGCAUCCAGCUCAUCUACCCACUCGUCGCCGUCGGCACUGUCGCAUACAUCGGCUUUGGUUGGGCGCUGGACCAGGAAGUCCACGUUGCUAUCCCGCUGGCGAUGACGCUCUUCAUUGGGCUUACUAUUACGGGUAGUUUUCAGGUGUUAAAUACGCUCAUUGUGGACUUGUACCCUCAUGCGCCGGCGACGGCUACGGCUGCGAAUAAUUUGGUGCGGUGUCUGUUUGGGGCCGUGGCUACGACUGUCAUUGAGGAUAUUAUCCAGGCUAUUGGACGGGGGUGGGCCUACACGUUAAUUGCGUUGUUUUUUGCGGUCUUCUCGCCGAGUCUUUGGGUUAUUCAGAGGCAUGGGCCGAAGUGGCGGGAGGAUAGUCGGCUGAAGAUGAUUAGGGAAGCGGAGAAGAAGGAGACGAGGGACAGAGAGAAAGCUGAACCACCGGCUUGGAAAGGGCAGGGCAGGGAAGGUGUGUUCUGACCUGACAUCUCUGGCUGUGCGACCAAUGAGAGCAAAUGCCCUCUCUUGAUACAUUCUGCCAUUGGUUGGUUAUUUAGGGACUGGGCAUAUACCAUUUGGGUUUCAUAAUACUAAAUCUUCAAGGCAAUUUACGACUUGGCCUUGAUUAAGAAUGAAUUCACAAUAGCAUGGUACUCACUCGCAGUCCCACAUCAGCCGGCAUCGCCGUCGUUAUUUAUGGCAUGCUCGAAAUGUUGCAUAACUCACAUCUCUGUGAUCACUUUCUCUUGGCCUACAGUGACC